UUGCUAUUAAACACCUUCUUGGCUAAAUUAUUAAUAUCUAAUCCUUAGCAAAAAGGGGACAAUAAAAUAAAAUUGAUUGCAGUUUGUGUUCUGAGAUUUUAUUCUGUAGUAUCAUUACUAAUAACAGUUUUUCGUUAACGAAACGAAUUUCGUUAACUUUACCACAAUGACAAUGGGUGAUGAACUGCCUGUUACUUCUUUGGUUUUGCCAGUUCUCAUACGUCCUGUUUUGACUCAGUUGGAGAAGUAUGAUUUAGGAGCCUCUCAGACACUAAGAGCUGCAUUGACAAAAGUGGAGGCUGCAGUGCCAGGUUUAAACUAUGAUCUUGUUGCUGGUAUUAUGAGAAGAGCUGACAUUCCUGUUAAUAUGAAUGAGAGCUUGCUUCGUCUUCAAGGAACUCUGACUGAAGCAGAAUGUGUCGAUCUUCGUUUAAACAGAACUGAAGAAGCAUUCCAAGAGCUGAACAAGAAGUCCACUGCUUUAAAAAAGAUAUUGAGUCGCAUUCCUGAUGAGAUUACUGACAGAAAAACAUUCCUGGAGACAAUCAAGGAGAUUGCAUCUGCUAUAAAAAAGCUUCUCGAUGCUGUAAAUGAAGUGUCUACAUACACUCCUGGUCCUGGGAAACAGGUGUUGGAACAAAGAAAGAGAGAGUUUGUGAAAUAUUCAAAGAGAUUUUCGAACACUUUGAAAGAAUAUUUCAAGGAAGGACAGGCAAAUGCAGUUUUUGUGAGUGCUCUGUAUUUGAUUCAUCAAACAAAUCAAAUUUUGUACACAGUUAAGAGCAAGUCUGAAUGAGGCAACAAGUAUUAUAACAUUGGUAAUAAUUUGUUUGUUAGUUUUGUUUUGUUGUUACUUUAAAUUUGUUUAUUCCAUGGUAAUAGAAAAGUAAUAAGUAUAAAAAUAUUGUCACAGUCAAUACAUAUAUUAUGAAUAUUAACUAUUUUUUUUAAAUAAGUACAUUUUAUAAGUUAACUAGAAGUUAUUAUGUAACUUGAUUUAAUAGUUUUUAUAAUAAUCUGUUAACCGAUUAAUCAAUACACUCCCGGACACUUAAAUCGAGCCACCUUGAUUUUUUUGGUUUGGAGUAUUGUAACUUAUAAAAGAUGUAUGUAGAAGGAAAAUGUUUUGAUGCAGUUUUGGAGCUGGUAUACUCAUCAUUCAUUUAGAGGGCCACUGUUCUAAAUUUAAACUACAGUUUAUUAAAAAAGUCGAGUUACGUUGAAACAAGUCCAUAUUUGCUUUUUUCAAGGAAUAAAAUCUAAUCCAUUUUUAAAUAAAGACAUGUUUUACAUGAAAAGAAAUGUUUAUUUAGUAACUUGUAUUGCCUCCCAGUGCAUUUAUGACAGCUCUCAUACGGUUUGGCAUAGAAUUAAUCAAUGUCGUUAUGACAUGUUGAGGAAUGUCCUCCCAUUCUUCCAAAAUUACAUUUUUGAGCUCCUGCAUGGUUUGCGGGGCAGGAUGAUGAGCUCGAACACGCCUCUUCAGCUCAUCCCAUAGAUGCUCUAUAGGAUUCAUAUCAGGACUUCGCGCUGGCCAUCUCAUAACAAUGAUACCAAUGUCAUUUAAGUACUGUACAGUACGUGAAAGUCCCUGAGCUGUUCUUGUAUCUGAACAGAGUUAAGGCAUCGAUUUCGUAAGCUAGUAGUGACAAUGUAUUGAUCUUGUCUCGUCGUUGUCACUCGGUAUCGAGGUCCUCCUGUUCGCCGAACGAAGCCGCCAGUCUCUAGGUAUCGGUGGUACACUCUUUGAACAGCGGAACGACUUAUGUGAAGUUGUGAACUCACAUCUCGCUGACUUAGCCCAGAUUGAAGAAGUGCUACAGCUUGCGCGGCUACUUCAGGUGAAGUAUCCAUAAUUU